AUGGUCGUGAGCUCGGGCGAUGAUCUCGUGUUUAAGCUCACUGCUCAUACCUUCAGCACUAGCAUCGAGGUCGUCGACGUCCUCUUCUUCUCCUUCGGAUCGAGUUCGGUCAGCUUCCGCGCGGGUUAUCAGGCCAUGACGCUUAACAGUGGCUUCUACGUCAAGGUCAGAGAGACCGUCCUUGAGAAGUUUGGCAACGCCGUCCAGGACUUCAUCGCGAGCAUCAACCUCGGUUGA